AUGGACUUUCUUCCGGGUUUUCACCCUGUCGGUGUUGCACAGUGGGCCUUAGUGGUCACUUCGAUUGGCAUCGUCCUACUGCUUUCUUUCCUCGUGCUGAACAGCAGGCAGGCAGGUCUUUCCCACAUUCCGGGGCCUUUCUUAGCCCGAUAUACCGAUGGCUGGGCCUUGUAUACUGCCUGGAGAGGCAUACAUUUCCACAACAAAGUCCACGUGCAGCGUGGCCUGCAGGCACGUUAUGGAGAUGUUGUCAGGACAGGGCCUCGCUCCGUCACUGUUUUCGAUCCAGCGGCCGUGCCGGUGAUCUACGGAGUGCGGUCGAAGUUGGACAAGGGCAAUGCCUAUGUUCCAUUCCGACAGGCCGGGAUGACGACUAGUCUGUUGAGCAUUCCAGAUGAGAAGACGCACUCGCAAUACCGCAAGCUCGUGUCGAACGCCUAUUCGAUGACUUCGCUGAAAGGCUAUGAGCCGUACGUCGAUGACAUGGUCAAUCGGUUUGUCGAGGUUUGCAACCAGCAUGCCUUUGCACGUAAACCGAUGAAUUUGAGCUUAUGGUGCCAAUACUAUUGCUUCGACGUCGUUUCCAAGAUCACAAUGGGUAAGCCACUCGGGUCGAUGCAGGGAGAAGGCCAUGAUGCGUAUGGCCUCGUUCAAAGGGUUCGUGCAUUUGGAUUCUACUCCGGCUUGGUCUCGCAAAUGCCGUGGCUGCACAAGGUCCUCCAGGACAACGCACUCAUGAGGAAGACACGUCCAUCACCAUUCAUGAAAGUCGUUGGCGGGACCGUCCAAGCCCGGCUGCGAGCCCCAGACCCUGAAGACCAGCCGCGACCAGACCUGCUUUCACACUUCGUCGCCACCCAUGCAGGUUAUCCAAGUCUCAUGGACGAGAAGCAAGUCCUCAUCAUGACCUCCGGAAAUCUGAUUGCCGGCGGCCUCAGCCCGUCUGCCUCUUUCGAUGAACUGUGUCGUUAUCUCGCAACGCAUCCAGGCUCUCAGGACAAGCUGUACGCUGAACUGCAGCAAGCUCAAUGCCGUCUGCCAGCCUCGUAUGAUCAUGUCAAAAACCUGCCUUAUCUUGAAGGAACGAUCCGGGAGGCCUAUCGCCUGCACUCUUCGACGUCUUUCAACCUGCAGAGAGUAACAGGUACGGCUGGAUUAGAGCUUCCUAAUGGUGUGCAGAUUCCCCCCAACACCAACAUCGGCUGUCCCGCCGGCGCGAUUAAUCAGGAUGUGCGUGUCUUUGGCGCCGAUGCAGCAGUACAACCCCGAGCGGUGGAUGCAGCACGAGAACGAAACGAGUGA